GUCCACUUCUCGCUUCCAAAACCAGAGCGCCUCUUCCCUUUCCUCCCAUGCACGCGCGCUCCAUGCCGCUCUCCCGGUGAACUUCCCGAAGCCGCCGCCACCGCAGCAGCAGCGACCAUGAGCGCCGGCGACACGCUCGACAAGCUCGUGGUCUUCCUCGCGAAGCGCGAUGGCAUCGACAAGCUGGUCAAGACGUUCCAGUACGUGUCCAAGCUGGCGCACUGGGCGGCCGAGUCGUCCAACCCUGGCUUCGCCGGGCGCGCCAAGAACUGGGAGACGUCGGCCGGGCUGAGCCGGAAGGCCUUCCGCACGGGCCGCUUCCUCACGGGGCUCAACGCGCUGCGCCGCGCGCCGGGGGAGUUCGGCGCGCUCGCCGUGCUCGCCAACGCCGGCGAGAUGGUGUACUUCUUCUUCGACCACUUCACGUGGCUCUCCCGCGCCGGCGUCCUCGACGCCUGGCUCGCGCGCCGCAUGAGCUUCAUCUCCGCCUUCGGCGAGUCCGUCGGCUACGUGUUCUUCAUCGCCAUGGACCUCAUCAUGAUCAGGAGGGGCCUCAGGCAGGAGAGGAAGCUGCUCAGGGACGGCGGGAAGGACAACGAGAAGGAGGUGAAGAAGAUCCGGAUGGACAGGGUGAUGCGGCUCAUGGCGACGGCCGCCAACGUCGCCGACCUGAUCAUCGGCAUCGCGGACAUCGAGCCCAACCCGUUCUGCAACCACGCCGUCACGUUGGGGAUCAGUGGGCUCGUGUCGGCGUGGGCUGGGUGGUACAGAAACUGGCCGUCGUGAGCUGUGCCAACCCCCUUUAAUCUUGUUGAUUUUGGCAGGCACUGAACUGUGGCUAAUCCGUCGUGGAUGACGGCACGCAAAUUUUACAGCCGAGAUACAAACGGUGUAUAACUGCAUAGACUCAUACUGUACUGAACAGCUUCCCAUGGGGAAAACCAGUCUUCCAUGAUCGUCAGGUCUGAAUUUAAGACCAUGAGAAGUGCUUCUAUGCUUUAUGCUUCGUGUAGAAAAACCAGUACGAAAUUUAAAGCCUAUUAGUAGUGUAGAUUUUAAUUUUCGUGCUGGUUUUUCAGUAUGAAGAAUAGAAGCACUUCUCUAUGAGCAUUCGUACUUACAUUACUAUUUUCCCAACGGAUUGGUUUGAUUUGAAAACCGAUACUUGAGGCCAUUAGUCGGGACUCGGGAAUGGAUUCUAAUUCUUCCCAGGGAUAUUAUCGUUUUUUUCUCGC